GUCCUGCUUUAUGAAUAUACAAACGAAUACCGUCCCGACCGCGUUGCUAAUUUGGCGUUCUGAAGAACAAACCCUUCGCUUUCCAAUCCUUCCUCGCCUUCUUCAUGUUUACCUUCUUCAAUUCCCAAUCCUAAAACCCUACUUCUCACUUCGAGCAAUUCCCCUGGUGUUUCGAAUUUCAAAAUUCAUUUCUAACUGCUCCCUUUUGCGUCUUCUGUAACCUAAUUCAUUGGUUUAUUUGUUUGGAAAUUGAAUUCCGGGAUCGAUUCCAGUUCUUGCUGUAGUUCGUUUGGUGUUUGAGGAGGAAUUGAUCGGUUGUGGAGCUGGAGAUGCAAGAUUCUUACUCGAUUCUUACUCGAUUCUCUGGAGUUCUGUUGGUGCCCUAAGUUCUCUUUCUCAUUAAGUUUAUCGAGGAAGUUCGUUUCUCCCUUUGUAUGAAGAGGUUGUGGGUGUAAGAUAAGGUUGGAGGUUUUGGAUUCUUUCACUAAUGUCCGUAGAAAGAUCCUUCGAAGCUUGGGAGGAGGUGCAGAGGCAUGGUCAGGAUUUCGCGGACCGUCUUGCUCAGGGUUUCACGGGACUGAUUCAUUCUCACAUACCGCCGCCUUCAUUUCCCUGGCCAAAUCCCCCAAAUUCUAAGCUCUUUGAUCUUGAAUUUCCGGGACAAAGUUUUGCUAUCAAGGAUUAUGGGUUGACUGCCCACGAUUCGAUUUUUGAUAUUGGUAGUAGGAUUGGACAAGCUAGCGCUGAUUUUGGUGCUUGUUUGAAUGGUGUGGUACAACAAUUUUUCAGACAGCUGCCGAUGCCAUUUUGGCCUGAGGAGAAUGUAAUAGGGUCCAUUAGGAUGGAUCGGGAUAAGAGUUGGCAGAGGGAUGAUAUUGGUGUUGCUGUUCAAGGGAAUCUUGGAACAUUAACAGAGCGCUUGCGUAGUUCUGAACUUGCUGACCAUGAUGCUGGUUCAGAUGCGAUGGUUGACGAUGAAGCAUCUGGCUUUGAUUUGAAGGCUAUAGGACAUCUGGGAAGGGCACAGAGCACGAUCAAUAUUUCUUCAACGUAUGAUAGUAGAUCACGAGAUGUGGAAAGUUCAUUAGUUGCCAGAGGAGAUCUAUGGAGAGUAGAAGCAUCACAUGGCAGAACAGCAUCUGGAAAUGAUAACUCAUCUUUAUUUCUGCUGCAGCUUGGGCCAGUACUCUUUGUUCGUGACUCGACACUUCUUUUGCCAGUUCAUUUAUCAAAGCAACACUUGCUUUGGUACGGUUAUGAUAGAAAGAAUGGAAUGCAUUCUCUAUGUCCAGCAGUCUGGUCAAAGCAUAGAAGGUGGUUGUUUAUGUCGAUGCUUCGUCUCAAUCCCCCAGCUUGUUCCUUUGUUGAUUUACAGUUCCCCAACGGGCAGUUGACUUAUGUGUCGGGUGAAGGCUUAACUACAACAGCAUUUUUGCCCUUUUGUGGAGGCCUCCUUCAAGCUCAAGGUCAAUAUCCAGGAGAAAUGAGAUUCAGCUUCUGUUGCAAGAAUAAAUGGGGAACCCGAAUAACACCAAUGGUGCAAUUUCCUGACAAAUCAUUUACUUUGGACCUUGCUCAAUCAUUGGCUUGGAAGAGAACAGGUCUUCUGGUGAAACCAACUCUACAAUGCAGUUUGAGUUCCACUUUUGGGGGAAGCAAUCCUGGUGUUCGUGCCGAAAUUGUUCAUUCAGUGAACGAACAUCUCAAUCUCAUGUGCGGCUGUUCUUCCAUUGCCCAUCCUUCUGCAUUUGCUUCAAUUUCUAUCGGCCGGUCGAAAUGGAACGGGAACGUUGGGAAUUCCGGGGUAGUUGUAAGAGUUGAUGCUCCACUCUCAAACAUUCGUCGAACUUCUUUCUCUGUUCAGAUAAAUACUGGGAUUGAGUGUUGAUCUUCUUAUGAAACCUGCGUUUUUGGUAGUUGCAAGUGUAUAGGUAGUCUCAAAACUGCUCUCUGUUAUUUACGUGAUAGGUGAAUAUUUGUUAACUAUUAAAGGCCAUCAUCUGUAAAUCAUGGCAGGCCCUUCUCUUUUUUUCUCUCAUUUUAAAGCAGUUUCUACUUCUAUUUCAUCAAUUUUUCAGAGUU